UCUAUAUCCGUCAUUAAUAUUUUCUAGUAAUGGAGAUACAUUUCAAUUUCCGAAAAGGUUGAGCAUUCCAGGCACGAUUGAAAGUUCUGAUUUGUCCGUACUCUAGGCUCUUCGAUUCCUUCUCCUCUUACUAGAUGUCUUAUGGAUUCCCACAACAUCUCCUUUCUCCCGCAUAUUAUCAAUCUUCCUGAUGACAGACUCUUUUGCGCUUACUGGAAAAUGGACGUUUCGGAUCGCAUCUGGCCUACCAUAUCAUAUGUAACUGAGACACAUACCGGAGGCUUAGUUCCACGAAGUAUCUACCCAAAACUUGUGGCCAUCCAGCCUUGAAAGUCUCGGGCCCAUUGGGACUCACACAUCUCUUGUGAAAACUUGUCUCUAUGGCCAUGGAUGGGUUUAAUGUUGCCAAUUUGAAUGAGGAGAAUCAAUUAAGGGAUGUGAUGAUUCAGACAAUCUGCGACACGUCUCCUUUGAACAUGAGUAGCGGGCGUCUCAUACAACCAAGGUCGAAUGGGUAUAUCACUUCAUAUAUACUUUUCUCUGCUGGAUCAUUUACUUUUCACUUCCUUCACGAAUCUAUCUUGUGGGAUCCCUUUUGAGUUUCUUUCACCAAUUGAGUCAAUUUAAUUUGACUGCACAAGGGCGAACCAUCGUCAUCACUAACUGACAUUUGCACUUUUCAUUUAUUUACUCGAAUAUUCUGAGUCUUUAUGAGCUAAGCUUCUGUUUGUCACCUUUUGUAUCCCUUCGAGUUGCCCUAAGCUAGCCCUUCUCAUUAUGUCGGAGAUCUUUCGUUCGCGGAAUAAGAAGUUGCAGCAUCUAGGAAUGCAUUCCCAACCUGUGUAUAAGUGUGAGUGUGAGUAUGGGGUUCCAUCCCAAGCAUCCGGAUCUAUUUCCCCGCUCGCACACCUCCCGAGUCCCAGCAUCGUCGCAGCACGAGCUUAUGCCUCCCAAUACCAGAUACCAACGGGGCGCAAAGACGACGCGUGGUCGUGGCGUGGUAUCUUAACCAAGUGCGGGAUAUACCCAGGAGACAUUCUACAGUGGUGACCUUGACAGGAGGUGCAACAUCCUCAAGCAAUGCAUCAUCAACCAGCACCGCACCCAGAUCAAAGAUUGUUCCUGAUUUUCGAUUCACACAUGAACAGCUACAGAAAUCCGAAACUCAGCUCAACACUGCUGGUUCAAAAGAGGCCUCUGCUAUCAGCAUCUCUGAUGCCAAAUGCCAUUCUGAAACUUCAGCAUCCUCCGCCCCAAGGCAUCGUGUUCCGUUCCAGUAUACCCAUGACCGCUUGCAAACUUGGGGUCACGCUUAUUUUGGAAAUAUCGCUACCGCCGAUGCUUUCAUCAAUGCUGUCAGUCUACGGCGACCAAGCUUAGUGGCCACAAAAGAACAAGAUGGCCAUAAGUCUCCUAGAUCGUCGGAUCAAGUGACGAUACGUGUCAGGGUACUACCUAAAGGAGUUGAACGCAAGCCCUUCUUGAUACAAAGACAAUUUGACAUUCAGGAAUUACGAGAGAGCCUACCAGUACCUCGGCCAAAUCAAGAUUACGCACAGGGCUCAACAAUUUUAAGAAGAUCUAGCAUGCUUCGUCGAUUGUCCUUGCAGCAGAUUCCUAUUCUAAAGCAACUCGGGACCGUACACCCUCAGUUAAGACCGCAGACCAAUAAAAAUCAGGUGGCAGUACCAAUCCGUAAGUAUCUCAUGAGCAAAGGCACGCACAUCAUGACUAACAACUCAUUUAGACAUAGAGUAUGCUUUACAUUAUCUCCCGGUUUUGGCGGCUUUGAUGCUAUCAGGACAUAUUCGGAAGGGCGAUUCCAUUGAUCUCCCUUUACCUAGCCCCAAAGCAUGGAUUGACACAAUCGCCUAUGUUUAUACAGGCCAAGGGGAAGUCACAUUAGCCAUGAAGGAGAACAUUGUGUUUCUAGCGGGACGGGUAGAAAGCGAAGGCUAAUACACUACGCGGGUCCUUCGAACGUGCCGGGGAACUACGGGAGUACGAUCCGAUCUGCCACAGCCUGCAAACAUCGUAUCUCGAAUGGACCUUUAUAUGGGUGAGACAUGUCGGCAUUUCAUGCAUUGCUGCGUGGGGUUGAUUCAGGCCACGUGGUGCGGUACUUCAAGGGUAUUACACUUGCAUUCCAUGGAGAAAUCUUGAAGGCAGCCUUCCCGUCCUGUAUCUCCUGCUACCUGUAUUAUAACAGAACACAGCUGUAAGCACUUUAUCGCGAUUUACCAUACUCGGUGCUUGAAUCGGGAUAAAAACGUGUCCCACUCUAACCCUACUCAUACUUGAUCUUCCAAAGUUGCAUUGGACAAUGACGACUUCCCACAUUCUGAUCUUGGGCCGAGGUUUCUCUUCUUCCUGCACGAUAUGAUUCAAGAACUAUGCCGCGAUUCCAUGCGCAUCCACCUUUUACUACGUAUGGAUUAGGAACAGGACGCUAAUGACGGCCAAGAUACACAUAUCAACUAGGGUGAUUGGAGUCUCGAUUUUAACCAUUGACCGAGAAAGGCGCGAUAAGAAAUGAAAUCAUGGUUUUUACCAACACAGAAUAUUGUAACAAAGCCGUGGAUCGGCAAAAACGCAAUUAAAUCGGCCGGCAAAUAGUAUUUCAUUGACCGAAGAGCCGUAUGGCUCUUUUAGUAGGUCUUGUCUUUCCAAUUGACUUAAGUCAAAGGCUCAAAGCAUAGAAGACCUCUUAUACUCUGCUGAUUUCAACAGUCAAUUCAUAUGAACAAGGUCCAAUUGAUACGCGUACCAUGAUAUUCAAUUGGAACUAGUGGAUGAUUCGAAGAGCUUUUUCCU